AUGGCAGCUAAUGAAUCCUGUCCAUCUAACUGUAACUUCAUCAAACUUUUACCAUUCGUCAUGUUGCUGUACACCCGUGAGCUUGUGGCUCCGCGGCUAAACCAAGGACUUCUCCGUUUCAGAAGGAAACAACAACGAAUAAAGUACCAAGAUAGAUUGCGCAGCGCAUUUGACCAUUGCACCAUCCAUGGGAUGCAGCACGUCUCCGGGGAGCGGCAUCUCUGGCAACGCCUCCUUUGGAUCUCCAUCGCCUUGGGGGCAGGAGUAGCCGGUUUUAGUAUGUACUCCGUGUUGAGACUUCGCCUUAGUGAGCAGCUCCUGGUGAGCUUAAUAGACACUACCCAGUUGCCAGUGUACCACAUCGACUUCCCAGCGGUGGCCAUUUGUCCAUGGAGUCAUGUCAACUGGCAGAGAGCUCCGUCUGCAUUAAUUCGAUUUCUGCCCGAAAACCCGGAUGCGCACCUCCGGGAAACGUUUCGCCAUCUACUUGUCGUCUUGGAUUUAACUAGCUUUUCCAAUUUUAAAAGAGCAAGUGAUAUGGGCAAAGAGAUUGCCAUUGGGUGGACUUUUUUCAGCAUGAAGCAGCUAAUGAACUACCUGGCCUAUCGAUGUGAGGAGCUGUUUAUCCCUGGAUCCUGCGUCUUUGAUGAGACAUAUUAUGAUUGCUGCCAACUUUUUGUGCCAGAGCAAACUGAGAAGGGUCAGUGCUUGGUUUUUAACUCUCUGAUUUCGGAUCACUCCAGGAAAAAGCAAUUGACAAACAAGUUCUAUCCCCACAAGUUGAGUACCGCUGGCGAGGAAUCGGGUCUGAUGUUCACGAUAAAUGCAAGCCAUCCGUUUGUGAGGGCUGGCAAAGAAACUCCUUUUGGAAUGAAUCUCAUGAUCAAGAAACCAAGUCAAUGGUCAAGUGAAAUAAUAUACAACCUCUAUCCGGAUACGGAGAACUUUGUGGCUGUGAAUCCAUUGGUCAUGGAAACCUCCACGAACACUCAUAAAAUGAGUCCCAGAAAGAGGCGUUGCUACUUUGAUAACGAACAGAGCCCAUACUUCCAGAACACUUCAUUGACCUAUGAUCGGGCAAAUUGUAUGGUUGUGUGCCUUCAUCAAGUCGUUUUAAAGACCUGCAAUUGCUCCGCGCCAGUUUUUCUUCCCCCUAUUGGUCUUGAGGGCAUUCGUGAAUGUGGAGUUUUGGAUGCAAAAUGUCUGAGCAGUAAUGCCGAUAUUUUUAGCUAUGUCAGAAUGGGCGACCAGGAUAAGUAUAUCAACGACUCACGACAUGGGUAUUUUUGUGAUUGCCCAGAUAAUUGCAAUUCAUGGCAAUACAAAAUGACUCUUAAUGUGCGCAAGUUGGAUUACCCAAAGAAUUCCACAGAGAGAUUAAUCAAGGGACAGAUUUAUUAUGGCCAGCGGGUGAUGACCAAAAUCAUCACAAAACUCAAGUACACAAAUCUCGAUUUACUGGCUAACUUUGGCGGCAUCAUAAGUCUGUUUAUGGGGGCAUCUGUCAUGAGUUUCAUAGAACUUGUAUUUGUAGUAGGAAAACUAAUGUGGGUAUUUAUUAAAGAUGGUUACGCUAAAUUAAACGACCAGAUUAAGUAG